UACCCCCUCAGCCUUCCAAAGCCCGUCAACUCUUUUAUUCUUGUUAAUUAUUCCUUCUUUUGAUUAAAUCCCAUUUUUCUUUCUCGCCCUUCUUCUACUACUCCAUCACUUCUACUCUUCCAAGCAAGGCCUUUUGGGUCGUCGCCUUGGUCCCUUUAGGGUUUUCCUUCUUAUCUUCAUCCAUUCAUCCAAAUUUUUGUCCUUUGAUCGGUAGAAUAUUCAAUUUAUAUAUUUAAUUCUGAACUUAUUUGUUCAGAGUAGUGAGUAAUUUUUUGAUUGUUAAAGCGAGAUCCAAAAAGAUGAAGGUAAUUGAAGAGGAAAUCUCGUCUUGUUUUGGGAGUGGUAAAAUUUUUCCACCCGGAUUCCGGUUCCACCCCACCGAUGAAGAGCUGGUCCUCUACUAUUUGAAGAAGAAGAUGUGUCGCCGGUUUCAUCUGCUCGACGUCAUCGGCGAGACUGAUGUUUACAAGUGGGACCCAGAAGAGCUGCCUGGAUUGUCUAAAUUAAAAACUGGGGACAGGCAGUGGUUUUUCUUCAGUCCCAGAGAUAGGAAGUAUCCCAAUGGAGCGAGGUCCAACAGGGCAACCAGGCGUGGGUACUGGAAAGCAACGGGGAAAGAUCGGAUAAUUACAUGUAAUGCUCGUGAUGUUGGGGUGAAGAAAACCUUGGUUUACUAUCAAGGUCGUGCACCUUCAGGUGUGCGAACAGACUGGGUGAUGCAUGAAUACACCUUGGAUGAAGAAGAGCUAAAAAGAUGUCAGGCUGUGAAGGAUUAUUAUGCACUUUACAAGGUAUAUAAAAAGAGUGGACCAGGUCCAAAGAAUGGUGAACAAUAUGGUGCACCUUUUAAGGAGGAGGAGUGGGAUGAUGAAGGAGGUGAGACCAAUGGACUUAUUGACCACAACGACCAGGAGAAUCCUGUGAAGCUGGUUAAUGAAACAGCUCCUGUUAGUGAGAAUGGAAUUGUGUCUCAGCCGCAGUCCCAUUUAGAUGAUUUCGAGGAGUUUAUGAAUGGAAUGGCAAAUGAGCCUGUAGUUGUUCCAUCUCCUGCAGUGGACUAUGGAUAUUCUUUAGAGGAGCUCUUGUGCGAGGAGGAGGCCCAGAGUAAUCUAGUGGAUCAAUCCUCACGGGAAGUCAAUUUACAUGAUCAAAGCACAGCUGUUCACCCAGCCUGUCAGGAGUACAAUGUGCAGCCUAGCUUUGACUUGACACAGUCAGGUACAUCUCAAUUACAGUUGCACGAGGCAUCUGAGGUCACAUCUGUUCCACAGAGUUAUGCAUCAGCUCCUCAUGCGGUUGAAGGGGAUUUCCUGGAAGAUUUUCUAGAGAUGGAUGAUCUUCUUGGUCCACAACCAACUGUUCAGGCCUUUGGAAAAUCCGCUGUUGAAAAUCUGCAGUUUGAUGAGUUCGAUGGGUUGAGCGAGCUUGACCUGUAUAAGGAUGCACCCUUAUUUCUUAAUGAGUUUGAAACAGGGGAACAGGGGCAGAUUGCUCAACCUUAUAUGAAUAAUAUGGGCACUGAAGUUGUGGAUCCUGUUUCAAGUUUCUAUUUCAACGAUGGUUUAACGGAAACUAUAAACUGUGAGCAGACUUAUUUAAGCAAUCCAGAGGAGGUGAGUUUUCAACCAUGGUCACAUGAUCAAAGGAGCAGUGUCUUUGCUGCAACAGAAGCUCAUCAGGGGACCAUACAGCCAGCAAUCUCAGGUAUGGGUUAUGAUGGUAACUUUUCCGAUCAUGGUUCUGGAGCUGAUCAAAAUCAGAGUGGCAAACAGGAUGGUACAGACUCUUGGUUUUCUUCUGCUCUCUGGUCUUUUGUGGAGUCUAUACCCACCACUCCUGCUUCAGCUUCAGAAAGUGCGAAUCGGGCCUUUGAGCGAAUGUCUAGCUUUAGUAGGGUAAGAAUAAAUAGUAAAAACACGAAUGUUGCUGCAGGUAGUAUCUCAGCAACUUCAAGUAGUUCAGUCAAAUGUAAGAGUGGAUUUUUCUGUUUUUCAUUGCUUGGUCUGUUAUGUGCCAUCUUAUGGAUGUUGAUAGGAACAUCUGUAAAAGUCCUGGGAAGAUGCAUAGCCUAGUAAUAAUGUAAAUUGAAGUUUUGCUGGUUUUACUCAAAAGUGUUUUAUACAAGUUGAACAUAGCUUAUGAAUGUUGCAGAAUCUCGUAUCAUAUAAUUCUUAAACCUUGGCAGCC